AUGACAAGCCCAACCAAUCGAAUGGCCCAGAUGGAUCAGUCCGAAGUGCCCAAGGAGGAGGGGCACAGGCAGAUGGUAUCGUACCACGAUAUGACUGCUCAACCAAGGGCGAAUGAGGUCCAAUGUCACCAGCCGAUGCAAUUCACCAUCCCUUAUUCGCACUUCGCGAUCAUGUACGUCGACAAUCAGGGAGAGAUUCAGGUAGAAGCAUCGCCCUCAGUCAUGGGAUAUGAGAAAGCUGUCUUCACGGAGGAGAUCCAAGAGAAGUUUUUGAAAUUGGCAAAUGGUGAAUGGCAGCCUAGUCUGCAUAAUGUUUACUCAGGCAUCAGCCUGUCCAACACUCCUUCCUGGCCCAACCCCAGUCAAACUCGGCCGCCCGGGCUCAUACCAUGCGAAUGGCAAUCUUUCAACCACAACAAGCGACACAGGCGCGGCGUGAAGCGCGCUGAUAGACCUACUGAUGUCGGAUGGGAGCCUCUGUCUCCCAGUCCAAGCUUGAAGCGUUCAACAAUGCGAGUCGGAGACACAAGGCUUCUACGAAAGUACUACGAGAUGGCGUUUGAGAACUUUCAGCAGGUCAACUGCAAGGUGGUUGCAAAGGCUUAUAUCAAGUUGGUGGAGCCUCGAAAGCAAGUGAAUUAUCCCUACAAUGGCCGCUUAAACAUCGCCGGGUCAACCGAGGUGAAGAACCCAGAAGCGACGAAACCCAAGUGGUGGCCUUCAGGGGUCACCCACAAAGAGCCCGAUCACCUUGGAAAGCCUGAACGGGUGCGUCUGCUGGUACAUAUUCUGUGCGAGCUUAGAGACAGCCACGAUAUCACAGCCAAAAAACUUAGGGAAGCUGGCCAGGAUGUAAAGCGGCAGAUCUCCCCAGAAAUACGGCUGCGGGUCUUGGAUGAAAUAUACUAUGUUCGAGAGAUGGAGGAACAAUACCUGGAUGGACAGAUUAGCGGCGACACCAUCAUAAAUGUGUCCCAUGUCCACCUCGAAGAAGAGCUACAAGCGCAGAGUCUCGCCAGCGGUGUGCGCGAUCAGCUAUCCACAAUGCCCUUUUCACAACGAGACCAUCACCUGCCUGGGCGUAGGUCGUCGCAUCGUAUCAUGCCCACCAUCUUAGACGAUACAUACCAGCUCCCAGCACGAAGCACCAAGCGACCAGCAAAUUCCGACAGCCACCUCCCCAUAUCACCAUCGUUGUCCCCUUCAGGUAGCCGCAAAAGUUCGUUGGAGAGGAGCAUGCCAACUUACUCCUCCGGGAUAGACCCAGCCAUAUUAUCGGGCCCCGAGCCGCCUAGAAGUUCAGCUUGUCUGCAGGGUCUUCAGCCUAUUGGUGCUACGUCCAUACCAGAAUAUUUCGCUAACCAGUAUACACCCCCUGCGCGACACCAUGCUCAUUCUGCUUUCUGGGACACCAUCCCUAGCAUGCACUCCCAGUUUUCCUUUUCCAGUUACUGA